AGCAGAGCCUUUCAAAUCAUCACAACAGCAGCAGAUUCCGCUCCAACAGCAGAAUCCGCUCCAGCAGCAGCAGCAGCAGCUGCAGCUCUAGCACUCCGCUCCGUUCUCCGAUCCUCUGUUCUCUCCGGCGCAGGAAAAGCUCCUCUCUCUCUCCUCCUCCAGCAGAAUCUUGUGAUUGCUAAACGCAAGCCUGGGUAAAAGUUCCAGUUAAGCUUACUAAAGGUAAGCCUGAAACAAAAUCGUGAUGGAGGCAGAGCUGAAGGGUGGAUCUGAUAAUUCUCUGGCCAACGGAAGUUCCAAUUCUGCCAAACGAGGCAGAGGCAGGCCAAAAGGGUCAGUUAAGAAAGUGGUCGUCUCCGUGACGGAGGUACCACACAAUGCCAGAGCACCGAAGAGAAUCGAUUUUUUUUGUCCAGAAACAGUGCUGAAAACGAAAGUGAAGAAGCGUGGCCGCCCUAAGAAGGUAAGAGUUCUAGGACGGCCGAGAAAAAUCCCUCUAACGCCAGAAGAGGAAGCGGAGAGAAUUUUGAGGUUGAGCCGUCAAAAGAAACGGAAGCUUUCAAAGCCUCUUGGGAGGCCAGGUAUCCAUCCCCUUGUAGGUAACCCAGCGCAGAAAAAGGGAAGAGGCCGACCUCGCAAAUAUGAAGCCUUGUCAAGAGCGUCCCCGCUAAAGAGUACAGCCCCGGGCACACCGCAAAAGAGGGGAAGGCCACAAGGUUUGAACCUGGGUUCGCCAGUCGGUUCAAGUCCAGCAAAAAGCCCAAUCGGGGGAACUGGUAGAAGAAGGGGACGACCUCCUGGUUCUGGAAGAAAGAUAACAGCCACUCCAGCAUCAAACGGAUCACCUCGGAAAAGGGGCAGACCCCCAGGCUCUGGAAACAAGUUAAAAAUCACCACUCCGGUGGCCGGCGGUACACCUGGAAAGAGAGGGCGGCCGCCAGGAUCUGGGCUGAAAAUUAAGCUUGCAGCACGGGUCAGUGAUGGAGUUCCUCGCAAGAGGGGGAGACCACCAGGCUCUGGAAACAAGCUAAAAAUCACCAAACAGGACAUAAACAGCACCCCUCAAAAAAGGGGAAGACCGUCAGUUUCAGGAAAUGCAACGACUCCCAGCAGCAGCAAUGCAGUCAGUACUCCCAGCGGCCAAACACGUAAAAGGGGCCGUCCCAGCAAAACAGGCCUGGCUCAAGCCUCUUUAGAAAGUAAUGCUGAAGAAGAGGAUGCUGAGGUGAAUGAUGCUUCCACACCUAAACGACCCCGUAGCGCAUUCACCUCAUCUGAGGGCGAGGAGGCAGAGACAGUGGUGCAGUCUGAAGAUCCAAAUGCCAGUGAGAAUGAGGUUGUGAUGAUAGUUGGUGAUAGUGAGUUGAAGGAUCAGGUGGAAGAGGUUCAGGAGGUUCUUUUAACAGGGAGUGAAAGUAACAGCAAAAAAAGUGCCAGGGGAGCAGGUAAAACCCCCAAAAAGAAGUAAAAAAAAAGAAAAGAAAAGUAAAGAAUCGAGUGCAACAGAGCACAGAAUAUUUUUGAAUUAGUUUUUAACAAAAUUAGAACAAAUUGAUUCAUCCUGGCGAUUAUGUUGUCAAAUACACAUUUCAGAUUUAUUUUUUUUAUUUUAUAUUUGUUGCUUGAGUCUUGUGCCUUUUGCAUGUGUUUUAAGACUGUUUAGUACCUUGACAUUCUGCUCCAACAUCUUAAUGUUAAUCCAAAAUUAAAAUGUUUUUUUUUUUAUUUUCUUUUUUUAUAUACAUGUUCAAGUCUAUUCCAAAACUAAAUGGACUACCAGUGAAGUAAAGGCACAUAAUUUUAUUCUGCCUUUAGAAAAAAAAAGAAGAAACUGUUUGCAUGACUAGCGUGUCAUGAUUAAGUCUGAUUAAAUUCAACAUUAAUUUUACAAUACAAUUCCACCAAGUAAGAAACGAAUGCAGACUCUAAAAUGGCUUAAUUUUUUAGUUUUUUAGUGGCUGUGCUAAAAUGUUAAUCAUGCAUCAACCAAUGUGAUCAAAGCAUUGUGAAGUACAUUAUUGCACGGCACGCUUUAAUGUGUACUGAUUCCAUCCGUGCAGGGAAAGCCGUAAGAUUCCCACUAGCCUGGCUGCUCAACCUUUUGACAGGAAAAGUGGUUGGAGAGUAAUGGGAGUAGGAUAUGUAGACAGUAGACAGUUUUGUCUGUCUGACCAGAGAAGACCAGCAGUUAUUUUGAGGUUACAUCACCACAAAGCGAAAUGUAAAUAUAGAGCAGUUUUGCUACAUCUCUGCACCUAAAUUUGUAGCUCUCCUGUUAACAUGGUGUUUUAAUAUUUCUUGCUAAAACUUUUUUGUUGCGGUUUGUAGUACAUGCUAGUUAGUCCUCAUUGCAUUAUAAGCUUGUGUUUUCAUUUAUGUAACCAAUGCAGAACAUUUAUUUACCUACCAGACAACUGUAACCACCAUGUUUUCUUCGGUUUAUUGGCUCGCAACUCAAAGCAGUGGCUUUUAACACAGAAAAAUAAACAGUAAAAUAUGUGACAGAAGUUUAAAUAUAUUUUAGUUUUUAUUUUUCCACCUGCUACCAAAAAUGUAGACAAGUGGUCUCCAAACCCUGUUUAUUCUGGAAAUCUGCUUUCCUUAAGGUCUAAAUGCUACCUUGUUUGUGGUGGUGCAACCCUGCUGGAAGGUACAGGUCCAAGAGCAGUGACGGUGACCACUAUUCUAAUUAAAUUUUAAUAUUUUUUAACCAAUUUUAUCUUUUUGUUUGUUUGGGUUUUUUUUUUUUUUUUGGUGAUUUGCACACCUUAGUCUAAAUUUAUCUGCACGUCAUGAAAGAUGACCAGAUGAGUGUAAUUGUCACGUUUUUCUUUUAUGGCUUACAGUAUGUGUUCUCUUGAGUCAGUAUAUGCCGUGACAUUUUAAAAAGUUUGACUGUAACUUGUGUUUUUAUCAUAUUUUUAAGGUGCUAAAUGAUGUUUAAUGAUUAAAUUUAUAGCUUUGUAAAGAACGGUGCCGCCCUAAGGGGUGCCUACACACUAGACAGCGCAAGAAUGGAGUGGUUGAUUCAAACGAUCAGACUCCCCAUCAGCCUGUAGUGUGUAGACACCCUGACUCCUGAAGGAAUAGUGCAGCAUUGUGAUUAUGAGGGGAAAUAGAUGUGAAUUGUACAUUGGAAUACAGUCAUGCCUUGUAAUAAGGAAAUGGCUUUCCAAUUCCAAAUAAAACUUGUGAAUUCAGCAUACUAACACUGAUAGUUGGUUCUGCUGAAUUGAUUGACGGUUUGAUGACGUGUUAUGGCCCCUCCUUUAAUCCCCUCCUGAUUUUAUACAUUUGCACUUGUCUUAUCAUGUGUCUGCUAGACUGAGUUGUUUUCUUUAAUUUAUCCUAACUGUUUUUCUCAUUACAUUAAUUUCAGAUUUAAGAAUCAUCACUGUAAUUAUCAUACCAUUGGUAAAAAAAAAAUAAUAAUAAAGUGUCUGUGGUUUUAGAGAUCAUUUUGUUGUUGUGAGGAAAUGUGAAAGUCUGCAUGAUUGAGCUCGGCCCUGAUGCAUCAGAAGGAAGCUUUUGGGUCCCAUUUAAAAAAAAAAAAAAAAACAUUUAUACACUUAAUUUUAUAAUCAAAUGAUUGUAUGUUGGAAACAAAAAUGUGUUUCUGGUAAACUUAUUUUUCAGAAAAAAGUACAUAUUUUGUUCCACAUGCAGUCACCCAAGAACAAAAAAAAACAAAAAAACAAUUCCAGUUUAAACCAGAUGUACAAACAGUGGGUCCAUGCAUUACAGGUGCUGCAGUGCUGGAGUCAUUAAUUUUGAGGAUUUUUUUUUUAUUUUAUAAAGAAGGUUAAACUUCUUUUAAAAAUAAAUGUUAACAUUGUUUUAUGAAUGUGAUCCAAUAGAAACUAAAUCCUAAAUUAAUUCAAAACAGUAAAAUCCAGUAAUAAUAAAUGUGUUGAUCUGUUUAUUUGGAAUUGCUGCAGCUAGGUACACAUUCAAACUUUUUUAAGCACCAUUAUCCACCUGAAAGAGUUAAGCUGAAUGAUAAUGUGACAUUUGUUAUUGGCUACAACUAAAACCUGUCCUAAAGACUGUGAAUGUGGGAAAGCUUCUGCACCAGUGUGCUCUCUUUAAGUCCUCAGCUUGCAUUUGUGGGAUAUGCUGUUGUUGAUUUAGUUUCAGUGUUUAUGAUGCCUUGUUCUUUGAAACAUUUUAAAGCAGUAAUUGUGUACGUCUCUAGGUGAAGCGAUGUGUAUGAAAGCAAAUGCUUUUUUUUCUUUUUUAUAAAAGUAGUGAACUGAUGCUUUUUUCUUUCUUUUUUUGCGUAGUCUACAUGAGUAAGCUGUUAGUGCAUAGUCUCCUCUUUUACUCUGGCAUUGACUUAGUAGAUGUUUGAUUUAGCUAUUAAUCUGUACUAGUAACCAUUAGAUGCUGUUUAAUGUGAGAUCAUGUUAUCUCUUGAGAUGUUACUUUAUCUUAAUAAAAAAACAUCAAAAUCAUGCUCAA